GGUGCGCGACGUGGAGCGCCGCUUCGGCUGGCGCGUGCUGCUGCGCGCCAACGACUCGCGCUGCUCCAGCACCAACGGCCCGCUCUCCGCCUUCGAGUUCUACACCAAGAAGCAAGCAGAUGCGUUCCUGGGCCCGGUGUGCGACUACGUGAUCGCGCCGGUGGCGCGCUACGCCGGCGCCUGGGGCAUCCCGGUGCUGACCACUGGGGCGCAGGUGGACGCGUUCCGCCACAAGCCGGUGCACUACCCGACGCUGACGCGCAUGAUGGGCUCGUUCAGCCUGGUGGGCGAGGCGCUGCGCCACAUGCUGCACACGUUCGGCUGGCGCGUCACCGCGCUGCUCUUCCACAACAACGACGUGUCGUCGCCGCGGGGCAACUCCAUGUGCCACUUCACGCUCAGCGCCGUGUACAGCGCGCUCAACUCGACGCCGCUGGCGCGCUCCUUCAACGAGGACACGGCCACGCCGCAGCAGUACCGCGAGCUGCUGCACCUCGUCUCCAACGGCGCCCGCAUUGUGGUACUGUGCGGCAACCCGAGCACCGUGCGGGAGAUCCUGCUGGCUGCGGAUGAGCUGAACAUGGUCGGCAGCGGGGAGUACGUCUUCUUCAACAUCGAGCUGUUCAACAGCAUGGACAGCGGCGACGACCCGGUGCAGCCGUGGUACGUGGAGGGCGACCCGCCGGAGCGCAACGAGCGCGCGCGCCGCGCCUACGAGGCGCUGCUGACGGUGACGGCGGCGACGCCGCGCAGCGACUCCUACCGCAGCUUCUCGCAGCAGGUGAAGGACGUGGCGCGCACCGAGCAGAACUACACGUUCGCCGGCAAGACCAUCUCCACGUUCGUCACCGCCUUCUACGAUGCCGUCCUGCUGUACGCCAUCGCGCUCAACGAGACCCUCUACCACGGCAGCGACGAAAUGGAUGGCCGUAACAUAACCAGGAGGAUGUGGAACCGCACCUUUACAGGAAUCACCGGAAACGUGACCAUCGACGAGAACGGUGACCGCAUAGCAGACUACGCGCUGAUGGACAUGAAUCCGAAGACGGGCAGUUUCGAGACGGUGGCCUACUACAUCGGAGCGAACCGGCAGUUGGAGUACGUGCCGGGCAAGUCCAUCCACUGGGCGGGGGGCCGCACCGAGCCGCCGCUCGACGUCCCCGUCUGCGGGUUCGACAACUCCCUCUGUCCGGACACGUCGUUCCCGGACUACGCAGUUCUGAGUAUCGUCCUCAGCUCCGUGGUCGUCGUGCUGGCCAUCGCAUCCGUCGUCAUCUACAGGCGGUACAAGCUGGAGGCGGAGAUCGCGUCCAUGACGUGGCGGGUGCAGUGGUCCGACUUGACGGUGAUGCCGCACGGGCGCACGCGCGGCAGCCUCUACAGCCUCGCCAAGCGCGGCAGUCAGCUGACACUCUCCGAAGACAAUAUGAGCAUUGGAGAGACAAAUCGUCAAAUAUUUGUCCAGACUGCGUUUUAUAAGGGCAGCAAAGUGGCGCUGAAGGCUAUCCACAAACGCGUGGACCUCACGAGACCACUGUUGCUGGAGCUGAAACGGAUGAAGGACCUGCACCACGACCACCUGGUGCGCUUCCUGGGCGCCUGCGUGGACCCGCCCAACUGCUACCUGCUGACCGAGUACUGCCCCAAGGGCAGCCUGCAGGACAUCCUGGAGAACGAGCAGAUACAGCUCGACUGGAUGUUCCGCUACAGCCUCAUGCACGACAUCGUCAAGGGCAUGAGCUACCUGCACACCAGCGACAUCCGCUCGCACGGCAACCUCAAGUCGUCCAACUGCGUCGUGGACAGCCGCUUCGUGCUCAAGAUCACCGACUUCGGCCUGCACUGCCUGCGCGGAGGCGCUGGGGAGGAGUCGGACGACCAGGACUCGUACGCCUACUGGAGGCGUCAGCUGUGGACGGCGCCGGAGCUGCUGAGGAUGCCGCAGCGGCCGCCGGAGGGAACGCAGAAGGGCGACGUCUACAGCUUCGCCAUCAUCGUGCACGAGAUCGUCACCCGGCAGGGACCCUUCUUCAUCGCCGAUCGACACUUUUCACCUAAAGAGAUCGUGGAGAACGUGAAGAACGGCGGCAAGCCGCUGUUCCGGCCGACCAUCAGCGACAGCUCGUGCGAGGACGAGGUGGUGGGCCAGCUGAUGCGCCGUUGCUGGGCGGACGACCCCGCAGAGCGGCCCACCUUCCAGGAGCUCAAGGCGGCCAUCCGUAGGCUCAACAGGGAGAACGAGAGCGGCAACAUCCUGGACAACCUGCUGUCGCGCAUGGAGCAGUACGCCAACAACCUGGAGGCGCUGGUGGAGGAGCGGACGUCCGACUACUUGGAGGAGAAGCGAAAGUGCGAGGAACUGCUGUACCAGCUGCUGCCCAAGUCUGUCGCAAGCCAGCUGAUAAUGGGUCAGGCUGUGAUAGCGGAGACGUACGACAGCGUCACCAUCUACUUCAGCGACAUCGUCGGCUUCACCGCCCUCUCCGCUGAGAGCACUCCUAUGCAGGUUGUGGACUUACUGAACGACCUCUACAGCUGCUUCGAUUCCAUCGUCGGAAACUUCGAUGUCUACAAAGUUGAGACGAUCGGCGACGCGUACAUGGUGGUGUCGGGGCUGCCGGUGCGAAACGGUACACAGCACGCCCGCGAGGUGGCACGCAUGGCGCUGGCGCUGCUGCAGGCCGUGCGGGGAUUCACCAUCCGCCACCGGCCGCACGACCAGCUCAAGCUGCGCAUCGGCAUCCACACAGGUCCGUGCGUGGCGGGCGUGGUGGGCCACAAGAUGCCCCGCUACUGCCUCUUCGGGGACACCGUCAACACCGCCUCCCGCAUGGAGUCCAACGGCCUGCCCCUAAAGAUACACGUUAGUCCAAAGACUAAGGCAGUACUGGACACGUUCGAGACGUUCGAGUUGGAACUCAGGGGCGAAGUGGAAAUGAAGGGUAAAGGGAAGGUGACGACGUAUUGGCUGCUGGGUGAGAAGAAACCUCAGCAACCAAAUGGCGGAGCCAUGACGCAGUCCAUCAGCAACAACAGCAACGUCUCGCAACAACCAGCAACCGGCAACAACAUCCUGCCACCGGUGCCAACUCCACAGCAGCAGGCCAACAACAUCAGUGGUCAGCAACAACAGAACCAGAUGUCCAACAACGUGAGCAGUCCACCGCCGAUGUCGCAGCCUAACAAUGUGAGCAGUCCACCCGCCAACAAAGUGAACAACAACAACGUCGCCAAACUGCCACCCAAGGACACCGGGAACCACGUCAUCACCCCUCCGCCCGGAGUUACCACGCCGUUGCUCGCACCAACAGAAAUGGUCUGAGGGGCUUCCACGACGCAACCAUCGCGUUUCGAUGUGCAGUGGCAGAGCAUUUGUUGAUUCUAUGUCUUGCUGUGAUUCUGAACUUGUUAACUAAAACUCCCACUAUCUUAAGAAAGCACGCUGCACUACGCCACUAUUUACUUUCCACCAGCAGAAGAUUGUCGCCAUUGGCAGCUGCCAUUUACGUGGAAACGGGUGAUAAAGACAUUACAGGCUGUGCCCCAUAUUUUGUUUAUUUGAGCCUUUCUCGUCAAAAGUGACUUACUGUAUCUUUUGCUCUAUUUCUCUGAUAACAGAAUUGACAAAUACAUUUUCGGAGAUUUGCUAAUAGCACAUACAUCAAAUGCACGGUAAGCUUGCUUUGUGCAUGCUACACUAAAUAAUUCGUCUCUGCCAUCCUCUGUACUAAUUUCUAAAGUGUUUCUCUGCUGCUGUUUGGGGUAACGUAGUAUAAGGUAAGCUAUUCCGUCGACAGUGCCCAAGCAAUCUAUGGUAAUGUACAGAGGUUUUCGUAACACUGUACAAAAUAAUUGAAUUGUCAUUGAGAGAGAAUAAUUUUAUUUAAAAAUUUGUACAAUCGCUUUAACUGUGGCAGUUUUAUGUCCAUUGGCAUCGUUUGUUGUUCUUUAACAUGUCGAGCACUUCUAUAAAACUAUACACACGUUAUUUGUAACUCAUACUAAAGUUAAUUACAAAACUCCUAUUACAUUUCACACACGAAAAUGAGAAUACUUAGGCUCAGCUGAUGUUUACCUUCCUACCUCAGGUCUAACAGUAAGGAAUGAUUAUGGAUGUUAGACCAGAGCAAGGAUACGAGAAGCUUCCAAUGGAAACAGCUUCGUGGUAUUGAACCUUUGUCUCCUCUUUGUGUCUCACACUGGACUUGAGCUGUUCUGAUCGUAUCGUACAUUUAUGCAUCAACAUGAAACAGACUUUUAACUACACACUUUCCUGCUGUGUUACUCACAGUCCCACAACUUCCUCCUCUCCUAAUACGGACAAUGAGUUACACUUUUAUGUCGACUAAAACAAAAAAUUGAUGUAAAUUUCUUGCUCGUUACUGAAAGUUUUCAAAUUUUAUACUAUCUGUUCCUCUUCUUCCUGGGAAUUGAUGUUGUUGCUGUGGUUACGAGUGUUGCAGAAAGAGCGCUAGUACAUAUUAUACUUUAUUUCUAGGAAUUUUCUUAAAACUAGUGAUUAUAUUCCCUCAAAAUAUAAAAAAGUCAUGGGCACUUGUGACCUGAAAGAAAUUUUUUUAUCUUCUUUACACACUUCAACAAUAAUCAUCAGUUGUUAACCGUUAUUCGUGGGUGCAAACUAAAGACGAUGUAAGAAACAUUGGCUGAAUACUUUCAGGGCACGUGGGAUAUUCUAAAUGAGAAGUGCAGCACAGCUCAAUUCUAUUUAUAAAAUUACAUCAUGGCCAGUAAAUGUGGAUUUGUGUACUAAAUGCAAGACAAAUUAUUCACUGACAAAGACUUCACUGUGUGAUUUAGCGGGAACAAGAAACACAUCGCGCCAUAUUAGUUACCUGUUUUCGGGAAGGGUCCUAAGUGUUAAGAGAUGUUAAUAGAAACCAGUAAAGUUACCAAGGAAGCAGAACUGCACUGCAGUUGCAUGCCUCUAUUUUUAAGAACUGUACCAAACAUCUCAGCCAAAGAUGGAAUAAUAUUUCAUAUAUCAGUGUUUAACAAUGAAGAGAUACCAUUCAUUAAUUAUUUAAGAGAACGUUUAAUCAUAUCAUCUGCCAUAUUUGUUUGUCCAUCGAUUGAUAUAAUA